AUGUCUUCAUUUGAAAUUUCCCAAAAUUCAUCCAAUUCUAUUGACAUUUCUAAUCCAUAUCAUCUUGGAUCUUCGGAUAAUUCAAGCUCUGUUUUAGUUUCCAAUGUUUUCUCUAGUGUUGGCUUCUCAGUGUGGAAACAAUCUAUGAUCAUUGCUUUAUCAGCCAAGAACAUGCUUGGAAUCGUCGAUGGUUCAAUUUCUCAGCCAUUUUCUACAUCCUCUACAUACGCUAACUGGUAUCGUGUUAAUUUCAUGGUCACCAAAUUAACUCAACGAUUUGAACAAUCCGAUGGUGCUCUCAUUUAUCAGUUCCAACAACAACUUUACUCUUUAUCUCAGGGAUCGGAUGACUUUUCAACCUACUUCACUAAACUCACGAAGAUUUGGGAUGAACUUCGUAUAGUUCAAGGAAUUCCAGAGUGUAUAUGUGCUGCUUCUGCAGGAAUUCUCAAAUAUUUGGAUGAUCAACGUCUAAUUCAACUCUUGAUGGGAUUAAAUGAUAGCUAUAAUGUGCUUCGAGGUCAGAUCUUAAUGAUGAAGCCUUUACCUUCUUUUUCAACUGUCUAUUCAAUGAUAAUUCAAGAGGAACGCCAAAGAGACAUUAAUAUGUCAUCUGCUGUUAGUGUAGAUGCUAUUGUAAUGAAUGUUUUAACUAAUCAUUCAUCUAAUUCUUCAAAGAAAUCUCUUGUUUGUGCUCAUUGCAAGAAGAAUGGCCAUUCCAAAUCUCAGUCUAUCGCUUAA